CGCAGCCGCCAUGAACACCAAGAUCAUCCUCGUGCUGGCCUUCGCCGCCGUCGCCGCCGCCGACAAGCCGAGCUUCUCCUACGGCGCCCCCAGGGUAGCAUCAAGGGAAUCCUUCGAGUCCUUUGAGUCCACUGAGGCCAAGUACGACUUCCAGUGGGCCGUCGACCAUGAUGACUCCGGCAAUGACUUCGGACAACAGGAGGCUCGUGAUAACGACAACACUCAAGGAUCCUAUUACGUGCAGCUCCCCGACGGCCGUCUGCAGAAGGUCACUUACUACGUGAAUGGAGACUCAGGCUACGUAGCCGACGUCAGCUACGAGGGCGAGGCUCGCUAUGACUCAGCAGAGUCCCGUGAAGCUCCCAGACCUGUCUAUUCAGCCCCUAGACCCGUCUAUUCAGCCCCCAGACCACGUUUCCCUGACUCACGUGAGUCCUUCGAGAGGCCCGCACCCAUCCCCGUCAGGCCUCGUCACUUCGAUUCCCGCGAAUCCUUCGAGUUCCGUAGCCUCGAGUCCCGUGAGUCCUUCCACUCAGAUGAGGACGUCCGCCGACACUUCGGUUGAAAAGCCACAUCCUAUAAUAAUCUAAAUUUCCAGUGUAGCGAAAGUAUUUAUUAGUGUGAAUGUGCCAAAUAAAUGAU